AUGGCUACAGCGCACAUGGCCGUCAGGACUGACACCUUUCCGCACUCAACCUCCCGCUCUCAUAGUCAUAGUCACCAGUCAAUGGGAGCUCGCAUUAUUCCCAUACCUACUCCUACGAUCAAAAUGUCCCCUCCCAGUAACGGCGACCCGAUGGAGAUAACCUCACCUGCGCCAUCUUCUAACGGUAACCACAAUUCUGACUCCGAAGCCAAUGGCAACGGCCAAUCCAACGAUCGACCCAAGAACUCUCCCGCGCCCGAUACCAACGCCGUCACGAGCAACAAUGUCAACAACUCGAACAGCAUGCCCGCGCAUCCGCCCGCGGCUGCUGCUGUGCAUCAGCCCAAGAUCGUGCAAACGGCCUUUAUUCACAAGCUCUAUAACAUGCUAGAAGACCCUAAUAUUCAACACUUGAUUUCCUGGUCUGCGAGCGCUGAAAGCUUCGUUAUGUCGCCUUCGGCCGACUUCUCAAAAGUUCUAUCGCAAUACUUCAAACACACCAACAUAUCAUCGUUUGUGAGACAGCUAAAUAUGUACGGCUUUCAUAAGGAGCGCGAUGUCUUCCACACAGGAAACCCCGAUACGACUUUGUGGGAGUUCAAGCACGGCAAUGGCAACUUCAAGCGCGGCGAUCUGGUCGGUCUACGCGAAAUCAAGCGCCGAGCCAGUAGACAUGCACUUGUGCACCGCGAGAGUAAUUAUACAAAGCCUGUGACAUCGCAACCGGGCACUCCGGCGGAGCCAGUUCCUCUUCCAGCAGACAGUGCUGACGCUCGAUUGCUCAACAUUGAGCACACGCUCUUUGACUUGAGUAACCGCCUACAAAGGAGUGAAGAGGCCGCUCACUAUAUGCACGUUAAGAACCAGGCAACCAUGGAGACCAUGAACCGUCUGCUCCAAUUCAACCAAGAGCUCUCUAGAACUAUGUUAUCUAUUGUUCCUGCCGAGAGCCCAAUUUCCCGUGACGUGAUUGCCUUGCAGGGUGAGAUCCAGAGGCAAGUUGAUGUGCUCAGAACGAUCGAAGAGCCACCACAGGAGCCUCCUUAUACUGGUCGUCAACAGUACUUUGCUGGUGUCGAGAAUGCUCCAGUAUCUCCGAGACAACUCGCCCAAGAUGAUCAAAGACGAGGCCCUACUCUGGGUGUUCCUUCGGCACGCAGCCAGAACUUCUACAAGCCCCCAGUUCCCUCGAACCUGUCAGCCGGCACACGGAGACCGUAUGGCUCGAUCAGUGGCAGCAGCACUUCUCAAUCAUCCCCAUUGCGCACAGCUCCCCCACCCCCACCCCCGGCACCUCACCCUCUAUCCAACGUCGAGACUGUUCCUGGCCCUGGUAGCUUAGCACGCCGCCACACUGCUGCCGAUAUUCGCGCCCACGGUUGGCAACCGACACCCUCUCCUUUCGCUUCUGGCGCACCAUCAGGUGCUUGGCCCCCUUCGCCUAGCCGAGUUGCCCCUGAAGAGCAACGAAUCAGGGAUUCUUUGUCAACAUAUUCGCUACAAAAUGCAUCUCAAGCACACCCCCACUCGCGUCCAACUACUCCCCCUCCUCCGUUUGUGAAUGGUGUUAGUGGAGGCUCGGACACCUUUGGGGGAUGGACAUGGGGCUCUGCUGGUCGCGAGAACAAGAAUCUGUCAGUGAAGGACCACUCAGCCCCCACAACUCGACGCGGAAGCAUGGCCCAUAUUCUUAACCCCAGUGAUACUGCAGAGAGGUCAGAUGAAGACGAGGAUCCUCGAGGAGACGACGACAGAAAGAGAAAGCGAAUGCAGUAA